UGGUCGAAAAGCCCCUUUUUACACGUGUGUUUGUUUUCCCUGAGAAAAAUGUACUAAAAACUAUUAAUAUUCACGAAGUUUGGAAUAAAUGAAAACGUUUAAAUAGUUAUUAAUUAAUAAAUAUCAUUUCAAAAUGUCAGAUGGUCAAUUUAGCGAUUACGAGGAAGAUUUAAGUGAGAAGGUUAAUAAGUCCGUGCGGUUUGCACCUUUACCGGUCUACAAAAAAGAAGUAAUAAUAGAACCAGCUAAAGAAAGCAGUGAAGAUGACGAUCUCGAUUCCGACGACUACUAUUACGGCUCAGAUGAUGCAAUUAAUAACUCAGGCAAGAAAGAAAAUGUCAACUUACAAGCUCCCACCAGCAAAAUAAGUUCCUAUCAACCAACUGAAAAACUGUUCAAAAAGUACAUCAACAAGAUCAAUGUCGACCAAUAUGAGCCUGUUCACUCGAGCAAAACUGAGAAGUUCCUGAAUCAAAAUGAUAGGAAAGUGGAUAAUGAAAGGUUCAGAAUCAAAGAUAAACAUGACCGAGCCACAGCUGAGCAGGUUAUGGAUCCACGAACUAAGAUGAUUCUGUUCAAGCUACUCAACCGAGGAAUCAUAAAUGAGAUCAACGGCUGCAUAUCCACAGGUAAAGAGGCAAACGUCUAUCAUGCAACUUCAAAAGAUGGGAAAGAUUAUGCUGUGAAAAUCUUCAAAACAUCUAUUCUUGUUUUCAAAGAUCGUGACAAAUAUGUAUCUGGCGAAUACAGAUUCAGGAAUGGAUAUUGCAGAUCAAACCCUCGUAAAAUGGUGAGAACUUGGGCUGAGAAAGAAAUGAGAAACCUUGUCAGAAUGCAUAGCGCACAACUGAGUGUGCCUGAGCCAAUUAUUUUACGUAGCCAUGUGUUAGUCAUGACGUUUAUGGGUGAGGGAGGUUGGCCGUCACCGAAGCUGAAGGAUGUUGAAAUAUCACAGUCUACGGCCCGUUUAUUGUAUAGAGAUUGCAUUACCAUGAUGUGGAAAAUGUUCAACAUUUGUAAACUGGUCCACGCUGACUUGUCAGAAUUCAAUUUAUUAUACCAUCAAGGAAAUGUAGUUGUUAUUGAUGUCUCACAGUCAGUUGAGCACGAUCAUCCUCAUGCAUAUGAGUUCUUGAGGAAAGACUGUACGAACAUAUCCGAUUUCUUCAGAAAGAAGGGUGUAGCCACACUCACAGUGAAAGAACUUUUCGAUUUUAUCACUGACACCACAAUCAAUGAGGACAAUUUAGAAGAAUGCUUAGAAAAAUUGUCAGAAAAGGCUGCUUCUAGGGACUUUGAUGAAAUGACAGCUCAGGAGCAAAUUGAGGAGGAGGCUUUCAAGAACAUCUACAUUCCAAAAAGGCUGACUGAGGUUAUCAACUAUGAACGGGACAUAAGCAAAGCAAAGAAAGGUGACACAGAAGACUUGGCAUACAAGAAAAUUGCUGGUUUUAAUGAAGACCUGACAGGCACGGUGGACAAACCAGACAUCUUGCAAGAGGACAAUAUAUCAGAGAGCGGCUCUGAAUCGGAUUCAGGAGAGGAUGAUGAUGAAGAAGGAGAUACUAAAUUCAAGAACAGUGCACGCCCAAGAGACGAAUCUCCGAACAGCAAAAAAGCCAGAAAAAAGGCAGUCAAAGAAGAAAAGGCUGAGAAAAGGAAAACGAAAACUAAGAAACAUGUGAAGAAAAGGCGCGACAAAGGUCAUGGUAAAAAAUAAUACAUUAUUAAUAAUUAGAUGCCAAUUAAAAUGUUGCUAUAGAUUAAAGAACGAUAGAACUUAGUAUGUGCUGAUCAGAUUAUACAGAAUUGUGAUAUGGAUAAUAUCUAAGCAAAAGUAAUAAACUCAUUAUUAUAUUUAAAUUUA